CCACAUCAUUAAUUGUCAUCUACAUGCAAUUUGCACUUAUUAGUUCAUCUCCCUCCAGCUCCGGCUGGAGAGAGAUAUUUCAAAGAAAACAUAAGAUGUACUGCAAGAUGGCAGUCAAGCCACAAACAAAAGUCAGAGAAGGAGCAUGGAUCUUGGAACGGGAAGUUUGGAACUGAAAGCCAAAAUGACAUCCUAUGCACCCAGACUAUCAUUGAAGAGGACACUAAGGAAGAAGCCUGUCGUUAUCUGCUGUUUCUUCACUGCCCUAUCCAUGGUGGUGAUAAACACUUACCCAUCUCUCCAUUUUGACGGCAAAAUGUCUGGCCUUAAUUACCAAGCACCCAGCCAGCAACAUGGAAAACUUAGUCAGCCAAGAAGACUGUCGAGAAACACUGGCAUCUUCCCCAAGCAAACAAAUAACUUCCACAGGGAUGGGAAAUUACUACCAAUGGAAAACACUCAUCUAAAGAGAUGGCAUUCAAAUGCUAAGCCACAUAACUACAUGGAGCCAGUUAAAGAGGAGCACAGCUACACAGAAAUGCAAAAGGCUUUCAACAUAUCAGAACACAGAAACAAACUUCUACAGAAAAGAUACAAAAAUAGAAAGAUCACACCACUUGGAAUACUAAAUAGCCAGGUGCAAGAAAUCAUCAAGGAUGCUGAGCCACCUCUGAUGCCAGGGCGUCCAUGGAUUAAACCAAUCUGUUAUCAAUCCUCAGUGGACAAGGCCAUUUCACAAAUUCCUAAAUCAAAUGGGAAUAUAACAGCCAUGUCUGAAAUUGUUUCAAUUUUGAAUUACUCGAUAGAUAAAAAAGACAUGAAGUUUCUGCAGACUCACUGCAAACUUGACAUUCAGGGCAAACCUGCUAAAAAACGAGUUUUACCAUUAUUUAAAAUUCCAUCAAAUCAGAACAGAAUACUUGUUCAAAUGGUUAAAGAAAAUGAAUACAAGGAAGCUGGGAAAGAACUAUCCAGUAACACUGAAAGGAUAAAGUACCUGGAUAUUUCUUUGGUAAAUAACGGGAAACUGAGUACUUCGCAAGUGAGCAAGAGGAUAGUUGCGUCUAAGAUCUGUAACAAUGUGGAAACCAGCCACCCGGUUUCAGAGGUGGAAGAUAGCAUUAUAUUUCAAGAUUCUCCACCCUGGUUUGAUUCAAGUGAUAUUGAAAAGAUGAAACUUUUGGCUCAUGGGUCAGUGGUUGCAAAAGCACGGAUACCAGCUCAUGGGCAAGUCAUCAAAGUAGGUUUAAGCUUACAUGCUCCUGUUGUGAUCAAUGACCUUGCGGGGCAUUGUCAAGAGGGAUCGUGCGGGAUAAUAAAACGAUCUAGUGACCUUGAUGAGGUUCUAGCUUACCAUUUGGACAGGGUGUUGGGUCUAAACCGGAGUCUGCCUGUUGUAGCUCGAAGAUUUGAUGAUGCAUUGCUCCCGUACAAGUUCACAGAUGGAAUGGCCAGGCCAGUUGUUUGGUGGGAUUCAGACAUUCAACAUCUUAAUGAUCCCAAUAAUGAUCAGAAUUCAUUUGAGUUGAGCUGGUUUCAAUACCAGGCAGUGCUGCGGCAACACUGUGGCAUCAGCAAAGCUCCUGAGAAUCACACCGUGCCUUGUCUGGGUGUGAAACACUCCGAAUGGGGCAAGUUAGCUCUGUUUGAUUUUCUGUUGCAGGUCCAUGAUCGCCUGGAUCGACAUUGCUGCGGUUUUAAUCCAGACUUCUCAGAACCCUGUGUAGAAGAUCUGCUGCAUGAGAAAUGUAGGAAUCUAAAGGACCAUCUCCUUGUGCAUAUCCUGGUUCGAAAAGGAAAUCCAUCUCAACUUGUGUAUAUAGACAAUGCAGGAAGGCUUCUACAGCAUGAAAACAACCUCAACUUCAGACUGUUGGAAGGCAUCGAUGAGUUUCCUGCACAUGUCAUCUCAGUUUUACAGUCUGGAUGUUUACAGACAAGGUUGCUGAGGUCUCUGCGCAUGGACACUGAGUUCUGGGACAAUCGCAAUGGGACGAGAGGCCUGAAGAAGCUGGUUCAGGUCAUAGAGAAAAGGGCUCAACUAUUGCUCAAAUACAUCCAGGAAAACAAUAUCAAAUUAGUUGCGGAACAAUGAGAACUUAACACAAUCAACAGUCAAAAUUGUGACAUUUAGCUAUCAAUUGUUUGCAACCAGGGAUGGAAAGCCUAAUCCCAAAGACCACUGUGUCUCAUGUUACAUACAUGUUGAGUCUUCUGGAGCCAUUAUUAUCAUGAGAGAGACGGUUAUCAAACCAAGUUUGCAGUAAUUUUGCUUUAAUGCCUUCAAAAACAUAGGAUAUUCGCUGUGAAUUCUCUAGGAAAUGCAAUGUUUAGGGACUUGCACUCUCCUGGUUUUAGUGACCCCCUCACCCUGGCCUGUUCUUAUGGAAAGGGACUUUUAAAUGUUUCAGGGAGGGGACAGUUGAGGUGCCACCUCAGGUGUAGGGUAGGGGGAAGGGAGCAAGCAUUGACCAGCUCUGGCAGUCAAAAAUGUUUGACCAAAAUUUGCUGCCAGAUUUUUAAGUCAACUACCUUCAUCCAAUCCUUCUAUGAUUAGGCGCAGUUAGGAAACAAAUUGUUUAAAACUUUGUACCCUCCACCUGCCUCUCAAUGCCUAACUCCUGGACCUCAUCAGUGUACACUCUAUUCUCUCGAGCCCAGUGUUGCCAAUGCAGAAAUGUUGUAAUAUAUACCACAUAUGUCAAAUAAGAAUGUAAAUAAUCUCUCUUGAUGCUUCAGAUGCUCUUAGGCAAAUAAACUAAAACUAAUGCACACACUGAAAUCUGUCGUCUAUGGCAUAUUGCUUGAAAUAAUCAAAAGACAUAUGUGGGAAUGCACCUAUAAUUAGUAUCGGUUCUAUUCUGAAAUCCCAGCAAAGCAUAGAAUUGAUGUGUGACCAAGCUAGUAAUUUAGUUUUGACUGACUUCACUUUUAAAUUCUGGCGUGCAACCAUUUCAAAAAUCACAAAUAACAGCCUUAUAUCACAUUGAAACUGCAAAGUUUUCCUUAGGAAUCUAAAUAAGAUCUAGAUAUCUAGUUUAAUACACUUUGCAACUUGUCCCCUGCACCUGUUAAACUCCAUUUAAAACACAGUCAUAAAACAGCUUAUAGCAAGAUACACAAUACAAUCCAAUAGGCUCCUGAAGUGAAAUCAUUCACAGAAUUUUUCUAAUACAGGAGAUAAAGCCAAGAUUAGCACUUGAGUCUGCAGGAAGUACCAUGUGAUUGAGAGUACUAGCUGGACAAUUCUGGUCAGAUACAACCAUUGAACUGGUAUCAAUCAACACUUAGGAGUAGAGGAUGCAUCCUAAAUCCCAUUAACCAAAAGCUAAACAUUUUCUGAAACUUUCAGGGUUUUUACCCCAAAGAGAUUGCAUUACAGUGCCAAAUGUAAAAGAUAGAAAUAGAGAAAGCCAGGGACCCUUUAUCUCAAACUGUCUCUUUGUAAACCAGAACAGACCCUCAAAUUAUAAUUGCAAACUUAAUAUUAAAUUAUAGGAAGCAGAGUGAUCAUGUGGAAAGAGAGCUAUGCAACUCAUUAAACUAAUGCCAUAAACUGCUUUUACAAUUUCUAAUGGGUAGAUUUAAGUGAUUGUUCAAGUAACAAUGUUUAUAAUGUCUAUUUCUCUAUGCCUGUGUUGUUGUUAGGGGACCCUGUGUGGCCUCCAAAGAGCCUAUAUUAUGCAUAC